AUGCCUUCCCUCGUCCUUCCCGUCCUUUUGGCCUCGUCCGCCAUCGCCGGCGCCCAGUUGACCUUCAAGGAGCCGGUGGGAAACUAUUCGACAAAGACCUAUGCUCUCCCCGCAAUCGAGACGAAGCACAGGUCCAACACCGACUACUCGGACGAGGCAUUGGCAUUCCUGUGGGAUCAGGUUGGUCCCAUCUCCACCGGUCCCGUCACCACCACCGUCUCGCCGACGCCCGAGCCCAGCGUGCACCCCGGCCCGGGACCCAUCCAUCCGCUUGUCCCCAGCUACGACACGAACCUCACGAACCUGAAGCUGCCCAAGGGUUUCAAAUGGGGCGUGUCGUCUUCCUCCUAUCAGAUCGAGGGAGCCGCCGACGCCGAGGGAAAGGGGCCCAGCAUAUGGGAUCUACUGUCUCACCGUGCCACUAACUUCGUCGCUGACAACACGACCGGCGACGUCGUGGCCAGCCAUUACUGGCUGUACAAGCAGGAUUUUGCGCGCUUGAAGAGCUUGGGCAUCCCGUCGUUCAGCCCCAGUAUCAGCUGGCCGCGCCUUUUCCCCUUUGGCAAGGGCCCCGUCAACGAGCAGGCUGUGGCUCAUUACGACGAUGUGAUUUCGGAAAUGGUGGCCAAUGGCAUCAAGCCGAAGAUUACGCUCUUCCACUGGGACACGCCUUUGGCUCUUUUCAACGAGUACGGAGCGUGGACCUCGCCCGAAAUUGUUGAUGAUUUCUUCAACUAUGCGAAGUUCGUCAUCUCCCGGUAUGACGAGUACGUUGAUGAUUGGUUCACUAUCAACGAACCGCAGUACUGCGACUGGCAGUACUCUGUCUACCCUGCUGGUGACUACUAUCCUGCAUACAACAACUACACUGGAGGUCUGCCGACGCGCUUCAUCUGUGGACACUAUACCUUGCUUGCUCAUGCAAAGGUUGCGAAAUGGUACCACGAGGAGUUCAAGGGACACGGUACUAUAACGUUCAAGAACUCUGGGAAUUACUUCCAGCCAAACACUUCCUCAGAGGCAGACGCCAUUGCAGUUCAGCGCAACUUCGAUUUCGUGCUUGGCUGGUUCAGCGGACCCUGGACCGAUGGAGACUACCCCCAAUCGUUGAAAGAUACUUUGGGUGACAUCCUCCCAGAGUACACACAGGAAGAGAAGGAUCUGAUCAAGGGCUCGUGCGACUACUUCGCCAUCGACGGCUACUCGUCCUUCACCGCCUUCGCCAUCGACGACUACGAAAACUGCUUCACCAACUCCUCCCACCCAUCCUGGCCCACCUGCGCGGGCAGCACCAACGCCGCCCCCGACGGCUUCCCCCUCGGCCCUGCCGGCGACCCCGGCGUCUCGUGGCUGACCGACGCGCCGCAAGGCCUGCGCCGCUUCCUCUCCAAGAUCACAAAGGAGCUCUACCCCUCCGUCAACGAGAUCAUGGUCACCGAAUUCGGCUUCGCCGAGCCCUUCGAGUCGCAGCUCGACGACCUCUCGACCAUCCUCUGGGACCUGCGCCGUGCCGACUACUUCCAGUCCUACCUCGACGCCAUCCUGCAGUCGAUCCACUACGACGGCGUCAAUGUCACCGGUGCCUUUGGCUGGGCCAUCUUCGACAACUUUGAGUGGUUGGUCGGCCUUAACACUAGGUUUGGUCUGCAAUAUGUCAAUUACACGGAUUUGACGAGGACGCCGAAGGCGAGCGUGUUCCAGUUUGUUAACUGGUUUAAUGAGCAUGAGGACGUGGAUGAGCCGUCUAACACGACAGCCAGGCUGUUGUAG